ACAAAUUUCAGAAUUUUCAAACAGUGUGUGGAAAAGCAAGGCGCCACGAGUGAAACAGAGGGAGCCCCACGGCUUCCAAGUGGCGUUCGCAGGAGGGCAGUCGAGAUCGCGCGAAACACCCACCUCUUAUCAAGAAACUAUUACUCUCUCUCACUAAAAUAUUCCCUGUUUUUCUCUCCUCUCUCUCUCUCUCUUUCCUUACCCGGGUCCGGUUAUAUCUGGCAGUUUUUUCGUUUUGACCCGACCCGAGCUCUGCCAUGUCCGCCAUUGCUACUGCUGCUGCUCUUUCGCUUCCAAUCUCUUUCUCCCGUUCAACCAAGUUUGGCAACAAAAGGUGUGCCAGAGGAGGCUUUGGAGUUUUUGCUAUCAUUGGGGAGGAAGGUGGGUUGGUUGAAAGGAAAAAUCCUUGGACAACACUGUUUGAUGUAGAAGAUCCACGGUCUAAGGUGCCCCAUUAUAAAGGCAAGUUUGUUGACGUGCAUCAAGCUCUAGAGGUGGCUAGAUAUGACAUACAAUACUGUGAUUGGAAGGCUCGGCAAGAUGUUCUCACGAUCAUGCUUCUGCAUGAAAAGGUUGUGGAAGUAUUAAACCCUCUUGCUCGUGAGUUCAAAUCAAUAGGAACUCUUAAGAAGGAACUGGCUGAAUUACAGGAGGAAUUGGCACAAGCCCACAAUCAGGUACAUAUAUCAGAAGCAAGGAUUUCCACUGCUUUGGACAAGCUAGCUUUCAUGGAAAUAUUGGUCAAUGAUAAAAAGUUACAAGAUAGAAACACAACAGAAUCUGACUUGUUACUCCCUACUCCUAGUACUUCUCCAAACUCUCUUGAUACUGUGAACAGAAGGCUGCCAAAGAAAAGCCUUAACGUGUCUGGUCCCGUCCAAGCUUACCAUGCUCGUUUGAGAAACUUUUGGUACCCUGUAGCUUUUUCUGCAGACCUGAAGGAUGACACCAUGGUACCAAUAGAUUGCUUUGAAGAACCAUGGGUUCUCUUCCGUGGAAAGGAUGGCAAGCCAGGGUGUGUCCAGAACACUUGCGCUCACAGGGCCUGCCCUCUUCAUUUGGGUUCAGUUAAUGAGGGCCGGAUACAGUGUCCUUAUCAUGGAUGGGAAUAUGCUACGGAUGGAAAAUGUGAGAAGAUGCCGUCAACUAAAUUACUUAAUGUAAAGAUCAGGGCGUUGCCAUGCUUUGAGCAAGAGGGAAUGAUUUGGAUUUGGCCAGGCGAUGAUCCUCCAACAGCAGACCUACCUUCAUUAUUGCCUCCAUCAGGAUUUCAAAUACAUGCUGAGAUUGUUAUGGAGCUUCCGGUUGAACAUGGGUUACUUCUGGACAACCUUUUGGAUCUUGCACAUGCUCCUUUCACCCAUACCUCAACAUUUGCUAAGGGGUGGAGUGUUCCCAGCUUGGUGAAAUUUUUGACGCCUACAUCUGGUCUGCAAGGAUACUGGGAUCCAUAUCCCAUCGACAUGGAAUUUCGACCACCGUGUAUGGUACUGUCUACUAUUGGAAUCUCAAAGCCUGGGAAAUUGGAAGGGCAGACUACAAAAGAGUGUACUACACAUCUUCACCAACUUCAUGUUUGCUUACCUUCAUCAAGAAAUAAGACGAGGUUGUUGUACAGAAUGUCCCUCGACUUUGCUCCAAUACUUAGGCAUGUUCCUUUCAUGCAACAUUUGUGGAGACAUUUUGCUGAAAAGGUUUUGAAUGAGGAUCUACGGCUAGUACUUGGGCAACAGGAGCGCAUGCUUAACGGGGCAAAUGUCUGGAAUUGGCCAGUUUCAUAUGAUAAGCUGGGAGUGAGAUACAGACUAUGGAGAGAUUCGUUGGAGCGAGGAUCAAAACGAUUACCCUUCAGCGAAUCACCAUAGCUGCUGCUUGAUUAAUGGAGUAAAUUGGUUUUCUUCUAUUGCUGCUUCUUUAACCAUCACCAAUCUCUGCAGAAGAUGAUCAAUUCCUUUAAACUUUGAUAUGGUUCUUCACCCAAUCGUCCAAGAAACUUGACAAAUGAAGUUCAAGAAGGGAUUGAUUGAUUAGGGUUGAAACCAAAUGGCCUCACCACACAGCCACUGUAAAAAUAAGGGAAACUGUACACUUCUGUAUUUUAUAGAUUUUUGUGUACAGUCCUGAAAUAAACCUAUCCUCCCUGCCCCUCCUGAUUUUUAGUUUCCCCCAGUGACUGUUCCCGAAAAUCCACUAGGGUCACCUGAUUUGUCUUCCUUGCCUUAUGACAAAAAGAUCUCAGAUGUAGCAUAUGUUGAAAUUGUGCUGAUAUAAUGGAAAGUUUGAAUCCAAGUA